GAACAUUUUGUACGGUGCACAUCGGGUCCCAUGCGUGUUUAUGCGUGUGCAGUCAUGGCGAAUGGGACUGUGAGCAGCACGCUGGAGAAAUGUUUACAGGUUUUAACCAGCAGUACAGCGCAGCCCGAAUUGUUUUUAAAUGUACAGGAUGGCUUGGCAGCAGACUUCACAUCCCUCACAAAGACCCUGUAUGAUUUGCACAAGGCCCAUGAACUCACAGGAUGCAAUGGGAGUCCUCUGGACGAGCUGGUGGUGGAAAACUUUGACGAGGAACAGAUCUGGCAGGAGCUCGAGCUUCAGAACACUGCUGUGCUCACUCACUUUGAGGAUGCAGUCAGCACGGCGGUAACAGACGACACACUGACGCUUCUAGAAGAAUCCGACGAAGAAGAAGAAGAGGAGGAGGAUGGUGGUGGAAGUGGACAGGAGGAAGAGGAAGAGAAGGAAGAGGAUGAUGAUGAGGAAGAUGAUGAGAGGGAGGAAGAGGGUAGUGACAAAAAUAAAAACAGACUUAAGCCGUCAGCGUCUGAUGACGAGGAGGACCUUUACAGCGAGGACUCAGACAUCGAUUUUGAUGUUGAUCAAUUAGAAAAACAGUCCAAGCAGAAAAAGAAAACAGAAACCAAGAUGCCUAAAUCGAGGACAGUCUCAGAAGUAGAUGAUCAGUUUUUUAAACUAUCGGAAAUGGAGUCAUUUCUGGAUGAUAUGGACAAGAGAGAAGGCAAGGAAGCUGCUGGUGAGGAAAUUGACUACUUUCAGGACCUUCCCUCAGAUGAGGAUGCAGAAAUGACCUUUGAUAAACCGGCCGCAUCAAAGACUAAGAAAAAGUCAAAAAGUUCCAGAAACAUAAAAUACAAAGAUUACUUUGUGGAUGAGGACCUGGCUCAACACAAGUCAGCUGAGGAAGAGGAGUCAGCACCUGAGGGUGAGGAUGAUGAUGAGGAGGAGGAGGAUGAUGAGGACAUGGAUGCAGACGAUUUUGAGGAAGGUGACGACGAGAGCCGGAACGCCAGAGACGCUUUGCGCAAGGUGACCUUUGACCUGCCGAGUGAGAGCGAAGGAGAGGAUGUGGAGGACAUUCUGGGUGGAAAGUCUACAAAUCUAACUAAACCAGAAACCAAGUCAGCUUUUGAGAAAAGACAGGAAAAGAUGGCAGAGAAGAUCUCCGAGAUGGAGAAGGCAGCAUUAGCGGAGAAGCCGUGGCAGCUGACUGGAGAGGUGACAGCACAGACUCGGCCAGAGAACAGCAUGCUGGAGGAGGAUGUGGAUUUUGAUCAAGCAUCCAGGAUGGCGCCUGCGGUCACGGAGGAGACGACGCUGCAGCUAGAAGAGAUCAUCAAGCAGAGAAUAAAAGACCAGGCCUGGGACGAUGUUGUGAGAAAGGAGAAGCCAAAGGAGGAAGCAUUCGAGUAUAAGAAAAGGCUGACGCUGGACCAUGAAAAGAGCAAGCUGAGUUUGGCUGAAAUUUAUGAGCAGGAAUACAUCAAGCAGACCCAGGAAAAGACAGAGGAAGAGGAGAAUCCAGCUCAUGUAGAAAUUCAGAAGCUUAUGGACUCGCUUUUCCUCAAACUGGAUGCACUUUCCAACUUCCACUUUACGCCCAAGCCACAUGUUCCUGAGGUAAAGGUUGUCUCUAAUCUGCCUUCAAUCACGAUGGAGGAAGUGGCUCCAGUUAGCGUCAGCAACGCCACUCUGUUGGCUCCUGAGGAAGUCAAGGAGAAGAACAAGGCUGGAGACGUUCUCGGCGACACAGAGAAAUCAGCCACCGAUAAGAAACGGGAGAGACGUAAGAAGAAGAAACUGAAGCGUGUGAAGAUCCAGGAGCGUGAGAAGAGGAUGAAACUUAAAGAGGCUGCGAGUGAAGGAAAGAUCAAGAAAAAGUCAAAGGCCCAUGUGGAAGAAACUCUCAAGAAACUUACUAAAGGAGGAAAAGCCAAAUUGCUCACGGAUGACGGAAUGGACAAAGCGCUCCGCUCAUCUCAAGCCUUCUUCUCCCAACUUCAAGACCAAGUCAGGAGUCAGAUCAAGGGCUCAAAGGAUCAGGCUGCCAAAAAGAAGAAACAGAAAGAGGUUUCUGCUAACAAGCUGAAGUUAUAGAGCUCUGAUUGUGUUGUGUAUCAUGUACAGUUUCUCUUUAUCAGAUGAGAAUGAAUUAAGCCCAGAUCUCCACAUGAACUGGUCAUUUAUAUUAAAAUGUUUUGUCAUAUUUAAAAAAAAAAAA